AUGGGUGGCGGGACGCGGGCGGCGCUGCUCGGGCUGCGGGUCUUCCUGCUGGCGGCGGCGGCGGCGGGGGGCGUGGCGAGGGCGCCGCCAGGCGGCCUUCAUCCAGGAGGUGAGAGUGGCUGCCAUUUCCUCAUUCUGGCCCUGAGCCUGGUGGCUGCUCGUGAGGCGGCUUCCAGCCUGCGCAGGCAGUCUCGGUUCUUGGCUGCCAAGCGGAAGUCUCAGAAGCCACCGGGAGCUCUCGGGGUGAAGUGGUUCAAGGGCUGGCACCAGCUGUUGGACAUGCUGUUCUCGUGCCUCCCCAGGGGGCCUGUCAGCUGGGGGCCUGGGGCAGAUAACUGCCUCUUGCCCUACGUGGUUGGCCGGUGCAGGGCUGCCUUUCCCAGGUGGUGGUACAAUGCCACAAGCCAGGCAUGCCAGGAGUUUACCUUUGGGGGCUGCGGAGGCAACUCCAAUAACUUCCUGUCGAAGAAAGAGUGCUUUCGGACAUGUGUCACAGGUGGAGAGGAGAAGACGAUGGGCACCCCGGUGACCAGCCCAGAUGGGGCAGAAAGGCAUACCACAGAGGCUGUGCCCACAUCUAGGCGCCGCAACCAGCAGGCAAAAGACAUGGGCAGCUUCCAAGAAUAUUGUGCUGUUCCGCGGGCAACGGGCCGUUGCCGCGCUGCCUUCCCCCGCUGGUUCUUUGACAUCGAGACCCGGACCUGCAAGAUGUUUGUCUAUGGCGGCUGUGGGGGCAACAAGAACAACUAUCUCCAGGAAGAAGACUGCCUGAGCCAGUGUGCAGCUGGCAGUGAGCUACCUGGGGAGCCAGGAGAAGACCCCAAGACGCACCCCCACCUCUUUCCCGACUCAGCGUUUCAUUCCACCAGAGCUGUGGUCCUGGCCGUGCUCUUGGCCCUCCUGCUGGCUGCCCUGGUCCUGGUCCUGGUCAAGAUCUGCCGCCGGAGCCGGGAGCUCUCGCUGAGCACCGUGUGGAGCACCAUGGAUGACAAGGAGCUCCUGAUGAGCAGCGGCUACUCCCUCUGA